AUGGCACGGCCGGUGCACAGGCACCGCAGGAAGGUUCCCAGUGCUCCUCUGCGCUUCCGGAUCCUGGUCAAGCUGGGCAACGUCAAGCAACUAGAAUCUAGAAAAAUGAGCCCAAGGAAAUGCUUAGGAAAAGGAAAAUCUGUGAAUUCUGCCCAGAGGCACCGCAAGGAGCUCCAAGAUGCCAACCCACACUGGACAGUGGCCCAAACUGCCAAGCAGAUGGGCAGAAUGUGGCGAAAUCUGCCAGAAGAAGACAAGGAGAAGUACAGGGAGCAGGCUGCUCAGCUCAGGGAGAAACAGUCAGCAGGGGAAAGCAGAGUUCAGGGCAGACAACAGAAGCAGCCCGAGAUGGAGUUCAUGGUGGAGAAACAGCAAAGCAAAAAGAACUCAAAGACUACGACUGUGAUGGUCAACUUUGCUACUAAGGCUGGGAGCCUCUGUGAAUACCUCAGGUCAUUCCUUCAGUGA